AUGGCUGGGAACAUGUACAGGACGUGCCUUUGUCUGAUAGCCUUGCUGCUGGGCAUUGCAUGCGCCGCCAGUCCCGCCUACAUUCCCCGCCAGACGGCCAAGAAGAGGCCGACACAAAGCGGCGCCUACUACUAUAAUCCGCCAAGUCCGGCGACCAUGGCGGCACUGCGUCGCAUCAUUCAGGGCCACCUGCAGCGCUUUCAGCUGGCUGACAGGCAGCGUGCACAGCAAUGGCAGCAGGGCAGGGUGGAUAUGCAGCUGCAACCGUAUCGCAAGCAGCAACCUGCUGGGGCUCCCACACAUCUGAGCUUCGAGUUUGCCGUGCCACCGAAUACGCCGACGCCCAAGAACUAUGCGAUGAACUUCCUGCCGGAGGGCAAGGAUGUGGCACCCGGAACUUCCUACAUACCGUUAAAGCUGCUGCGGAUACGACGCUGA